AUGGCUCCAAAACCAGAGGACCAAGCUCCAAUUCAAAACUGGGAGGAAUUAUCCAAAGCCUUACUUACGAUGCAGGAAAAUUUGCAGACUUCAAUUGCUACUUCCAUUCAAAACCUGUGUGAUGUGUUGAGGAAUAAUCAAACAAAUCCACGACCACUCCAACAACAAGCCGGUGGCAACGAUGCUCGUAAUGUUUUGGUCAACAUAGACCAUCAACAAGAAUUCCAUGGUGGCCUUCGUGGUGACUCUCUGUUAGAUUGGAUUGUUGCUGUUGAAGAAAUCUUAGAGUUCAAAGAUGUUCCUGCAAACCGUAGAGUGCCGCUCGUUGCAACAAAGUUUUGUGAUCACGCUGCCUCUUGGUGGCAACAACUUAAAGCCACUCGUAUACGUUCGGGACGGGAGCCAAUUCACACUUGGGAAAAACUAAAAAAGAAGCUGCGUGCGACGUUUCUUCCACAUAAUUAUGAACGCACCAUGUAUACGAGGUUGCAAAAUUUGAAACAAGGUUCCAAGUCAGUUGAUGAUUAUACAGAGGAGUUCUACUUAUUAUUGACAAGAAACGACAUAUAUGACACUUCAACCCAAAUUGUCUCAAGGUUUAUUGGUGGGCUACGUCCUCAAAUCCAGAAUGCAGUGGCUCAGUUCGACCCUACUACCGUUGCUGAAACACACCGGCGUGCCACAUCUUUUGAACAGCAACUUCGUUCGUCUUCUUGGGUCUCGACAUCGUCGCGAAGCCAUUUUGUGGACUCCACACCAGCAUCCAUAAGCGCCUCUCCUCAUCACAAAACUGACCCCGUUGGAGCCCCUUCCGAUGGCAAAACUUUUGAUGAUGAUCCAACCUUGAAGCGUCCUCCACCUAGAUUGAAUGUGUUACGGUGCUAUGCUUGUGGUGAAAGAGGUCAUCGUCAAACCGCUUGUCCCAACCAGAAGAAAUGUGGACUCAUCGCGGAUGUUGAUGCUCAAAACGUUGACGACUAUGUCUCGUGA